AUUUUGAUGGCUAAAGGAUAAGAAGUUAAAGUAUUGCCAGAAGAGAAGGAUGCAUUGGAGAAAUUAAGAAAAGCAGUAUCGAUGAUAAUUAGUACUGGGAGUAUUGAUUUUGCAGCGAUUUUAAAAUUGAUUCAAUAGAAAAAGGUUUUCAUUAAUUAAAUUGCAACUGAAUUAUAUAAGUAUCUUUUUGUGAUAUAUGAAAGUUUAACUAAACAAAAUUUAAAAGAAAAAAAUGUAGUCUAAUUGGUUUUCUUAAUUGAUUACAUUUGCAAGAGUGAUGUAAAAGAUUUCAAAACAGCCAUUAAGUUCUACAUUGUCAAGCUCUUUGUCAAAGUUUACAAGAAUUAGAAGGAGUUUGGAUGUGAUCUAUUAAAAUUGAAAACUGUAUUUAAAAGCUGGGUAUCCAUUUCUUAAACAUCAUAGUUAAACAUCUUUCCAUUGCCUACUUUAAUCGAAAUCAGCAAUAAAGUCCAAUUAGAAUUGAAGGAUGAUUUGGACUAGUUACCCCACGAGAAGUUAGAAGAACUCAAGAAGUAUUACAAAAGUUUGAAUGUAAGCGGGGUUGAGCCAUUUUUAAAUGUAUUCUAAUUUGAUAAUUUCCUUAGGGAACCUACAAAAAACCACCCGGAGCGAAGAGACCAAUGGAAGAUUAGGUCGUUAAGAAGAUCAAAUAAGAAUAAAAAUUUUAACAAACCUAAAGGGUUAAUGUAGACAACAUACAAUAAAAGCAAAUGAAUCUAUCCUAAUUGCAACACAAUUUAUAAGGGCAUCAAUAAAUUUAUCCAUCAUAGAUAAUUCAUCAUAAUUAAACUAAUCAAACAUCUAGUUCUUAACAGUUUAGAAACCUCCAACCUCCCCAGAUGGUUACUUAUACACCUUAAAAUACUCUGCAAAAUAAUUUUCCCUAUUUAAUCCCUUUUUAUCAAAAUCAGACAUCUUAAGGGACAAAUUUGGGUCACACUCAUCCUCAACCUUCUUAAACACAUUAGCAAGUGUCAUCUCAACAGCAACGUCAAACUCAACAAGGAUAAGACCUCACUAUGCAGUUUACUUAAUAAAACCCUUUAAUUAGUUAAUAUGCUCAAUUAUAAGGAAACAAUCAAUAUCAAUAACAAUAAUAAUAACAACAAUAGCAGUAAUAAUAGUAGUAACAAUAACAAUACUAAUAAUAGCAAUAAACAUAGUAGUAACAAUAGUAAUAAUAAUAGUAACAACCAUAAUAAUAGUAAUUACCAUAAUAAUAGUAAUAAUAAUAAUAACAAUAAUAAUAACAAUAACAAUAGUAAUAUUACUCGCAAUAGCAAUAAUAAUCCUUAAAUAAUUAAAAAUAAAUAAAUAUCCCGAUAGAUCCAAAUACAACUACGACAGUAUUUGGUUCACUAUUCUAAUAUUUUACUGGGUAACUGUAGGCUCGACAUGAGUUAGUUAAUAAGGAAACAGUAAAGGAUUUUUUAAAGUAACUUAUUUGUAUGACAUAUUACUAGAAAAUAGAUAUCAUCAUCAGAGUUACUCUCAAAUCCUAAUCGUUAUGGAACUUUAAUAAAAUGCCCAACAUGCUUUAUGAGAUUUAGAAAUUAGAGUGCCUACAUUUAACAUUUGAAUAAUCAUGCAAGUUAUCAAUUAGAGAAGCUAAGGGAAGAUUAGAAAAAGGAAAUUCAGAUGAGCUGCUCUAGUGAAGUAAUAUUCUUUUUCAUAUAUAGGAAUGGAUGUCAUCAAACUAAACCAUAAAGGAAAGCAAAAAUUAAGAAAGAAAUUAUUCCAUAGAUUUGGAUAAACUGAAUAACUCAAACUGUGCAUUUUGCUUAGAGAAAUUUUAAGGUCGUUGGGAUUCAAAAAAUUGUAAAUGGAUUUAUGAGAACGUCAGAAAUUUCAUUUUAGAAUCAAAUGAUUUUGAUGACCCUUAAUUAAUUUCGAUUCAUUAAAAAUGCAAUGAAGUUUUAAAUGAAAUAAAUGCUUGA